CCAGAAAUAAAGAGCAAAUUAAACACACUCUGUGAUUGGCUGAGAGGGAGACAAGACGAUACGAUAAGAGACACGCCACCUCAUUCGUGUCACCCAUGGGGGCUGAACCUGAACCUUUCCGGUUGUGCCUGUAAAGAUUUUAGAUCUCAGCCACAAGGCUUUCCCAGCUCGUCCGGAUUGAGGUGUCAUGACCUGGAAAAAGCCAGAAAGAUAAGACUUUGGACUUAGAGGAGAAGAUAAUAAAUAUAAUCAUCAUGUUUCCUAUAAUUGCAAUAAACCUCAGACGAAGGGCUGUGAAAUGCUGGGAAAGUCGACGUGCCAUAGCUACGGUCAUCUCUGGCAACAAGAUCUCACAACAUGUGACGGAACGUCUGAAGAAGGACGUCGCAGAGAUGAACAGUCAGCUUCCAGGCUUUAGACCAGGCCUGGUGGUGCUACAAGUCGGGGACAGAGACGACUCCAAUCUUUACAUCAGUAUGAAGUUAAAGGCAGCAGCCAGAAUUGGCAUUAAUGCCAAUCACAUCAGGCUUCCUAAGACGGCUACAGAAGAUGAGGUGCUGCAGAGUGUAAAGAUGUUUAACGAGGACCCGGAUGUUCAUGGGCUCAUUGUACAGUUACCUCUGGACUCCAUUAAUCCCAUAAACACGGAGAAAGUGACCAAUGCUGUGGAUCCAGACAAGGAUGUGGAUGGUCUGUGCAGUGUAAAUGCAGGGAAACUGGCUCGAGGUGACCUCAAGAACUGCUUCCUCCCCUGCACACCUAACGGCUGUAUGGAGCUCCUCAAACACACAGGUGUCUCAGUGUCAGGCAAGAAGGCGGUGGUGAUCGGACGCAGUAAGAUUGUCGGGGCUCCCAUGCACGACCUCCUCAUGUGGAACCAUGCCACGGUCACCUGCUGUCACUCCAAAACUGCAGACCUUCCAGCAGAAGUGAAGAAGGCAGACAUUCUGGUGGUGGGCACUGGGAAAGCUGAGAUGUUGAAAGGCGACUGGAUAAAAGAGGGCGCUGUGGUCAUCGACGUUGGCAUUAAUUACAUCACAGACAAUAGCAGACCAUCAGGUAUGCGGGUGGUGGGCGAUGUUCAUUAUCCGUCCGCUAAGGAGCAGGCGGGGUACAUCACUCCGGUUCCUGGAGGAGUGGGACCCAUGACUGUUGCCAUGCUGAUGGAGAAUACAGUCAAGAGUGCUAAGAAGUAUCUGGAGACAUUCAGGCCUGGGAAAUGGAACAUGACGUCAACAAACCUGAAACCACAGAACCCUCAGGCAAGUGAUGUCCACAACUCUCAGUGUUCUGCACGGAAGCCCAUUCAUCAGCUGGCAAAGGAAGUAGGGCUGUUCUCGAAGGAAACUGAGCCGUUUGGCAGGAGCAGGAUGAGCGUGAGCCUGGACGUCCUGAAACGACUUGGCAAACAGCCUGAUGGGAAAUAUGUGGCAGUCACUGGAAUAACAUCCAUUCCACUGACUGAAGGUCGGCGCACCGUCACUCUGGGGUUAGCUCAAGCUUUAUGUGGACAUUUAAAGGUCAACGCUUUUGCCUGCGUUACACAGCCAUCUCUACGACACUGUUUCGGUGUCCGAGGAGCGGCUGUUGGAGGUGGAUGUUCUCAGAUCUCCAUGGAGGAGGCCGGUUUCCAAUCCCUGGGAGACUCUGAGGCUGUUUCAGCAUCCAGUGGCCUCAUCACGGACACCAUCACAGCUUACUGUCACUACCAGGCCAAGCUCUCUGACCAGGCCCUUUUUGACCUCUUGGUGCCAGUCCAAGAUGACCAUCGAGCUUUCUCAUCAUCCCAGCUCAAAAGGCUCCAGAGACUCGGUGUUGAGAAAUCCAACCCCUCGUCCCUGACCCAGGAUGAGAUAAGACGCUUGGUCCGGUUGGACAUUAAUCCAGAUGUCAGGAUGGACCGUGCAUCUCUGGACAGUGAGAUCAUGGCUGUCGUGUCUCUGAGCAGGAGUGUAGAGGACCUGCAGGACAGAGUGGCUCGGAUGGUGGUGGCUAGCAGCACAUCUGGAGAGCUUAUAACCACUGAAGACCUGGGUGUUAGCGGUGUUGUCAGUCAGCUGUUGAAGGAAUCCCUGAAGCCAUGUUUGAUGCAGACAUUGGAGGGAACUCCUGUCUUUCUUCACAGCAGUCCAUUGGCUAAUGUCCCUUGGGGCAGUCCAUCUAUCAUGGCAGACAAAAUGGCUCUAAAAUUGGUCGGGCCUCAGGGUUUUGUGGUGUCUGAGACGCCUCACUGUGAGAACUUCUUCAGCAUCACAUGCCGCUCCUCAGGCCUGUGCCCACAUGUGCUGGUGUUCGUGACCUCUGUGCAUGCCCUGAAGAUGUGUGGUGGAGGCUCACAGAUCUCAGGAGGCUUUCCUGUACCUGAACAGUCUUCAAAGCAGAACCUGGAGCUCCUGGAGAAAGGCUGUUUUCAUCUGAAGAGGCAGUUGGAGAUGUCCAGGGUCUAUGGGAUACCAGUUGUGGUGGCUGUAAACACGUUCAGUGGUGACGCAGAGGCUGAGGUGGAGAUGGUGUGCAAUCAGGCCAGGAGGUUCGGAGCGGUCGAGGCUGUGCAGUGCAGCAGUUGGUCUGAAGGGGGCGCUGGAGCACUGGAGCUGGCACGCAGUGUUCAGAGAGCAGCCGAGAUCCAGAGCACGCUCCACUUCCCCUAUGAGCUGCAGAUGCCUGUGAUUGAUAAAGUGAGAAAAGCAGUGCAGCAGAUGUUUGGUGCUGAAGAUGUGGAGCUGUCGGCCAAAGCUACAGCGAAACUUCGACUUUAUAAUAAGGAGCGUUUUGAACAUUACCCAGUGUGCAUCAGCGCGAGUCCCACAUGCCUGAGUAAUGAUGCUGACCUGAAGGUGGUGCCGAUUUCAGAUAUCCAGGCCUACACGGGAGCAGGAUUUCUCUGCUUUGUGCCAGACAUGAAAAACUGUUGUGAAGAUCCAACAUGGCCACGUUUGCUUGUCGACAGUCAUCUCCAGAGUAACAGGAAGUAGAUCCUGUGUUUUUGGUUGAAGUUCCAUCCAUCAUUGUGGAAAAGGAGGUCAUGUUAAGAGAAGCUUCAGAAAAUUGCCUUUUGUCUUUUUGCUCCUACACGUUCUCCGACCUGUCCAUCAGGAGAAGCAGCUGCAGCUUGAAGUGUCUGUGUGUGUGUGGAUUAUUAAUAUCGCUAAAGCACAGUGAGCACAUCCUGCUGUGAUUUAUGCACCAAAUACUACAGCUGAUUUUACUAUCACACCAACUGAGAUGUAUUUUAUUUAUUUAUCAGUCAGGAUUGGUCUAUUUUCAGAAGUGAUUAACGUCAGUCAAAUUUUGUUAAUUUGCCUUACAUUAUGUUCACAACAAACACAGCGAGAGCAUCAAAAUUCACUCUGGUUUCUCUAACAACGACAUGGAUGCUCUGUGAUGGAAAUGAAACAGGCGGCUACGGUUUGGUUCAGAACGCUUCGUCUCGCAAACUUUAUUUAAAAGAGCCGCAAUGCAAAACACAUGUCAACUGGUGUCUUAUAUCUUCACCAAUUAUUUUUUAAAUUAGUUUUAUUAAGAAAACUAUAAUGCCUUGGUCUCACAGAGCCGGAAUCAUUUCACGGAAGACGCCAGUAGACGAUUUUGAGCCUUCCGGGGAUCAAGUGGGACACAUUCUGGGCCCUUCCAUUGGAACAUGUGAGAGUCGGAGUGCUAUCUUGACAACUGGUAGGGUGUGGCUUCCAUCCCCAGAAAGUUUGGUCAUGUUGGAUGAAUUCAUCCGUUGCAACCGUGAAGGCAUCUGUAAGCAUCCUUGAGACGUCCAGUGGUUACCGUAGCCUUUGACAACCAUUGAGCUCAAAAUGUUCACAGAACAACAUUCAGCAGAAAGUGAAAAGUUUGCCUAGCGGGCAUGGCUUAUUUCAUCUUGCCGUGGCUAAGCUGUACUGCAGCCGUGAAAACCGUACAUACUGCCGUCAUUGCUGUAAGGCCAUAUGUCACUAUACAUCGCUAUACAUUAUCUGUUGUUGCUGCUGGUGCUUCUGGCGUCUACGAUGGCUUCAUUUGCAUAUUUACUCCACCCAAAUGUAUGUGACAGAUCACCCCUGAAAUCUGCGGGAAUGGCCAUGGUAGCCCCAGCCACGGUUCUCAUGAAUCAACCGGCUAUGUGUGGCCUUAACGUUAGGGAGACUUUUUGUUUUUACUUGUUUUUUUUUUCUCUUGUUGAUAGAUAGAUAGAUAGAUAGAUAGAUAGAUAGAUAGAUAGAUAGAUAGAUAGAUAGAUAGAUAGAUAGGAAAAAGUGACUGCUUUCAUUUUAACAUAUCCAAUGUAGUGGAAUUCUGAGUCCUAAAACUAGCCAAAAAAAUACACUUACACAUAAGAAGUUACCUUUAAAGCACUUUCAUUGCACAAAAUAAUAACAAUAAUAAUGCCGGCACUUGAUUGUUUCCGGAAAGCACUAAAAUUCUCAACAGAUAGCACUGGUUUUAAACAAUCUAUACCCUAGGUCACAACCGGACGUACGAUUUUUUGGCCGUGCGAUUUUUGGCGUUUCCCAAAUCACUGCAUUUUUUUUGUUCGUGGAGAAAGACGCAUGUUGGCCGUAAGUUUGUCUUGCAACCUCAAAAAAACGUAAGCGCCUGUAGAGUAUGUUUGACAUGACAAAGAGCCUCUGCGGCCGGUCUACGGCUUGAAAAUCAGCACAUGACACGCGCCCUCCGUGCGUUUCUUGCGUUUUUUGCACGUAGACCAGCCGUAGGAGCACGUACGGCCGGUUAUGACCGAGGCUUAUCCAGGUCCAAGGUCCCCCCACCCCCCUCCAGAACCGCCCCAAAAACAAAAUGGCAGCCCCUUUUAAAAUCAAUGUAAAAGGACUUUUCUUUGUUUGAACACACAUUUCUGAAUGGUUUCCCAGUGCAGGCUUCCCGUUGGCUAAGGAACACAUUCCACACUCUGCUACGUUUGACACAAAGCUCGUAACUUUCCACGAAAUGUAUGGGGUGCCAAGUGUCACCGGGCCCAUUUCGUGGACGAAAUGCAUUUUGUCAAUCACGGAAUGCAUUCCCUAUAUCACGAAAUUCAUGGUGUCAAUCACGACAUAUAUUUCGUCCACAGAAUGCAUUCUGUACAUCACAACACGUAUUUCGUCCACGGAAUGCAUUUCGUCCAUCACAGAAUGCAUUUCGUCAUCACAAAAUGCAUUUCGUCCCAUGAAAUGCAGUUCGUCCAUCACAGAAUGCAGUUCGUCAGACGAAAUGCAUUUUGUGAUGGACGAAAUGCAUUCUGUGAUUGACGAAAUUCAUUUCGUGAUGCAUCAUAUGCAUUCCGUGGAUGAAAUACAUGUUGUGAUGUACAGAAUGCAUUCUGUGGACGAAAUAUAUGUCGUGAUUGACACCAUGAAUUUCGUGAUAUAGGGAAUGCAUUUCGUGAUUUCACACACACGAAAUGACAUACUGUCUUCAUCAUUUCGUGGACACAAUGAAAAUUGAUGUGUGCAUUUCGUGGAUGAAAGGCAUCACGGUGUUUUAUAAUUUCGUCUUCAUUUUCUCCAUUUCGUCGGACGAAAUGUAGUCUGGUUAACACCAGACCAUAUCACAAGUGAAAUAUGAUCUGGAAUCCGCCUAUUGAAUUUCUCGUAGGGGAGGUGUGGUUUACGAUUGUCAACGGCCGUUUAUUGGACGUUGUGAAUGUCUAUCAUUUGGCGUAUACGUAGCCCAUGGCCAAUCAUGGCAGUUGUACCCGGUGACGUAGUUAGAGCGACGAAGAAGACGAGGCCAAGAAGAGAAGGAAAGAAAAAGAGAAGGCAAGACUGUAACGCCAAACGCUGUUCUUUUUUUAAAACAAACUUUCGCUCUAAACUAUUCAGAACAGUGUCUAAAGCUUGAUCGAAAGUUUAGUUCGUAUCGCUCGCCGCCAUGUUAAAUGUGAUCCGUAAACAGUCCCAAAUAAACUACAAGCUUCCGUUUGUCGAGUAGUAUGCGUCACCGUCUUUCCACCCCUCCCCACUCUCUGAUUGGCUCCCUAACUCAGGCGAGCCUUUAGACCAUAGUUUCCAUGCUGUCUUUUCAGAUCGGAACGAUUGUGCAAAGCAGCAUGGGAUUUCCCAGGCUAGACGAAAUGCAUUUCGUCCACGAAAUGGGCCCGGUCACACUUGGCACCCCAUAGAAAUGACACCUCCAGCUUUAGCUACACACCAGGAGUGUGUUUAGUGCUUCCACAAUGAUUACAUUCGGUGGUAAAGGAAACAUAAUCGUCGUUAUUACGCACAAGGACUCAUAAAUUGUUUCUAGGCUCAGUGAAUGACCGAAAAACCCUUAAGUCGCGUAUCAUAAAUUCAGGUUAAGGAAUACAAUAUACGGUAAUUUCUCAGCAACCUUAGUGAUCUUCGUAGUUGGUUAAUGAAUCUUUGUGGCUAAGAAAAAGACAUUCCGCAGUUUGACGUGUAAACCUGUAACCCCGGCUCAAAGACAACCAAGGCCUCAGAUACACGAAUCUAGAUGCAGUUUGAAGCUCAAUGGCAAACAAAACAGGAAUCUCAUAACACCUCAUCGCGUUCAUUCAAGUCACACAAAUGUAAAUAUCCAACACUCUGUUGCAUGCCCUGGUGCUUUUUCACAAAAUAUACGAUUUAUCAGUUUCUCCUCCAUGGGAGGCGACUUAGGAACGGUUUGAACGAGACCAAAAUCUACACGGCUGCGUUCUCUGAGAAUCUUUAGCGCAGAGCACUUCUCAAUUCUGAUUGGUUGACGCCGAAUCACCUCACAGCUCAUUACCAUAAAGUUGCCUGGACUUCAGCUUUAUUCUGAUGACCCAGAGCCCAAGACACUCCGCCAGCGAUCUCACUGUGUUUGGUGUGAACGUAGGGUAAGAUCUACUUUCCACCAAGUGAAGUGGUGAGAAAAAGAUUUCCACCCAAAUGUACUGUAUACGUUUCAUGAUGACACACAUUUCUCCACCCUAAGCCCUGUUCCUUCAGAUUUGCAAAGAGUCAGACGCUUUAAAGAUGAUUUAUUGAUACAAGUCUAAUUUCACUGAUAAAAGAAAUAAAAAAGCGACCUCGAUUAUAAAAUUAUAUUUGUAUUUCGAACACCAUGUACUUUUGAACACAGCUGAUUUACCGGUAUAGCCUACGAAAUAUUUACAUACGUCCCGUGUAUUGUGUAUAUAGAGAGGAUAUUACACGGUGGUGAGAUGAUAUGAAGUUUAUCUUCGAGUGUUGAAUGUAUAUAUCAUAAGUGAGAGAAGCGCCACUGUGUAAUGUUUUUUAUAUUAUAUUAUAUGAUAUGGACCCAUCCACAAAAAUUAAAAAAAUACGCAAGCUAGUGAAAAGAAUUUUAAUUUUGAACCGGUUCGCCGUUUUGACAAUACAGCGGGAAAACACUGGACGUGACAUCAUUGGAGUGAAAUAUCACGAAUUAUUAUCCAUACAGGACACUUUUUCAAUGGAAUAAAAACAUGUGUUCUGUUCCCUUCUAGCGGGUUUCAUUCAUUUGGUUCGAUAGCAUGCAAUAUUGUUAGCAUAUUGCUUAUCCUAUACAGUACGUCACUCUACCCAAUGCAGAAUGAGCGCUGAAUAUGGUUUACGAUAUUGUAUGGUUGUCAAGACAACACAACAUCAUACAUCGGAGAUGUAAAACUUCCGCGCUAGCGAGUGAGCAACUGUGACAAUUUGUAAACAAACAUGGCAGCCAGGUUUGCUUUGUGACAAAAUACAGAAGAUUUUGAAAGAAUUUUGAAAGAGAAAGAUGCAUUGAACACCUGAAAGGAAUGUGUAUGGAUAAUAAUAAUAAUAAUAAUAAUAAUAUUUGUUGUUUUUUUCGUGGUCUAUCAGAUAUUUUCCAUUCAGCUACUCGUCUUUGACUCGUUCAGUAUCAUGCUAGCUGAAUGGAAUAUAUCUGAUAUACCACUCAGCGCCAGCCAAUAUUAUUUAAAUAUGUCACUCAGAGCCGCGAUGUGUUUCAUUUGAAAAAUGCGAGUCAGUGUGUGAUUUUCUUUCUAUUAUAUCGACACGUUCACAAACAAAAAAUACCCAAAUUUAUCAAAACAACUCACUCAUUGAUUUCCUUACGAGUGACAUAUCGAGAUUUAUGUCAUGGUUUUGGUUCUCCAUGUCCCGGAUGGAGCUCGGAUGAAAACAUAUAUACGACGUCAUGAAGCUUUUGAGUCCUCAAUCCUGAUUGGUCAGAAGGUGUUGAUUCAUUUUCAAUCGCUGUAGGUUUAUAUGAAUGUGUUUAUUCUCGUUUCGAUAGUAACAGCUCAUUCACAGGGGCUUGUACUGUACACUCCACAUGAACAUCACGGACAUGGAGAAGUUUUCUUAAAAUCGGAUGUUUAUUUAUCAUCAAUUGAAGGAGUCUCCAGUGUCAGCGCUUUCUAAACGACAACUGAGUUCGCGCAUUUUGCGGUUUCUCAGUCACAUGACAAGCUACUUUUUUUGUGUUUUUGUUUUUUUUUUUGUCUGAAAGGAAGUGAGGGGAAAAGAGAGGCUGGGGAGGAGACGCUGUUUAUAGCUGCUAUAAUGUGAGUGAAAACCGAAAUGACGUGUAACUUUAACUUAAAGGUAACUAUAAAUGGUUAAAAAGUAUGACGUGUUCUUUAAUCAAUAAAAUAUGAUUGUAGGAAGAAAAUAAAACACUUUCAGAAACAGUGUCUGAAAAUAGACACCUUUUUGGGCAAAAUACUGCUUUAAUUAAUUUUCCUGGUUAUACAGUAUAUAUUAUUAAUGAAUUAAUAUUGUAUUGAGUUUCUGCAUUCUGAGAUCACUAAUAAAUUAUUUUAUACUGCAGUAA